UGGGAACCUGAGGAACUAGAUUUAGAUUGAUAAAUUAAAAUUUUUAAUGCUCACACUUCUGACUUGAUCAUUCACAGAUUUUGACUGUCCAAACUCUGCUAAGUCUCUAGUAAUACUAGAUAUAGAUCUACUAAAUAGUCCAGACCAGUGGCAUCGCUAGGUCGGGUGUCACCUGGUGCGGCACCUCAUGUCGCAGUUUGUGUCACACACCCUCCCGAAUGAUAGUUUCAAAUGUGCACAGUUAAUAAGAACUACAAAAAUCUAGACUUUGUGGAGGAUGUGUGACUGAUAUCCCUACUUAAAAAUGAAAUCAUACACAGACAUUUCGAUAAAUAUUGACUUGGUUGCGUCGGCCCUCAACCAUUUGCAGUUUCUAGAAGAAUGUGACAAGCAUACAGUUUUGAGAGAUGAAAGGUUUUUGCGUCAAGCACUGUAUAGGUACCAGCACUUUUGGUUACCUCUGGCAGCUAAACAUAAGAAAAAGGUUCUGGAGGCGCCGCUAGAUAUAGCCUGGGUGUGGCACUGUCACAUGCUGUCACCAGCCUCGUACUGUGCCGAUUGUGUCAGAUUACUGGAUGGUGUGAUUGUUGAUCACACUUUAGAAAGAAAUAAAAGUACACGAUCAAAGAUGUUGCAAGAAACAAAGCGCCUUUGGGAGAAAGAAUAUCCUAAUGACCCUUUUGAAAUGGAUUUGGACACUGGAUUUCUGAUACAGCAGUAUAAAAAUGGGCAGACAACUUUCUCUUACAACAUUCUAGAAGCUGCUGGUCGGCAGAAAGAAUUUGGUUAUCAGGUUAGUCUGCCCCACUACACAGAUAAAAAGUUUCUGGAGAGUUCCCUAGUCAGGUACAAAAAAUUUCUGUACCUAAAGACCCAGCGACCAAACAUGUUCAUAGUUCCCUGUUACGACAUUGACCUGAUGUGGCACACACAUCAGCUCUACCCUAAGACUUACAAAGAGGACACGGAGAGGUUGUUCAAUAAAAUUUUUAACCAUGAUGACAGUGUCACAGAUCGGAAUGAGGGGUCAAAGCUUUACAAUUCUGACUUGGCUACAAGAGAAGCUUGGAAAGAAGUGUUUUCUGAGAACUUUGCCUUAUUUGGAGCCAUGUACAGGGGAGAGAACCCAGUAGGGAAGCUGCAAACAAUCAAGCCAGAAGAAAUCAUGCUGAUGAGAACCAGAAUAUCAAACCUAGCUUUUGAAAGAGUGGAGAUGAAAGUAUCUCCAGCCACCAGAGGCAAGCCUCGCUUGAGUGUGUCCACUGCAGUCAAUUCAAAGCAGGAGAAGCUCAUCUCAACCCUCAAAGGCCCCAACAAAGUUUGGCAGAGCAAGUCACUUUUCCAUGUGAACUUCAACACCCGCUCUGUAAACUGCUUGAUGUUCAGUCUGCUAGAUGUGACUGGUUGGGGCUGCUUUGGCUCAGAAAUAACUAUCAUGAGCACAACCUUUGACAUGCUGCCAGUGCUGGAAGCCAUCCCUUUUGGACAGAGCUCCACGCAGGAGCUGUGCACCACCCAGCACCAGAGCUUUCAGAUAGACUUUAAAGUCAACAUUGGCCCAGUGAAGAAGGGACCCUUAUUAUUGUACCUGAAGGCAGGCAUGUAUGAGAGAGCUGUCAUGCCAGAGCACUUAGAAAGUAUGUGGGGUCCUAUCCCUCUCCCACGUCUACCACCUGGGGCAGAAAACUGGUGUGAAGUGGCAUCUCACAAGGUGACUAACCACAGAGGAGUGCCAUUGUUCACUUGUCGCCUGAUCCACUCCCAGCCAUUGCUUCAGUCAGCUGUACAUGUAUUUUACCAGGACAAAAUGGUGGCUGUUGGUCAUUUAGUGGGCACUGACCAGUUGCCAAUCCCCAUUCAAGCAAAAAACAGAAAACAAUGUGUGACCUUGAACCCAAGGGCAGCUGACAGGGCAGUUCUUAUCAAGAACCACUCAGGGGAUUGGGCUGCAGUGGUUGGUAGAUGGAUACGUCAAACUCGAGGGGUUGCUGGAGUAGACGGUGCCCCAGGUAGGGCUGGCAGGCGAGGUGUGCCUGGAAAUGCUGGAACUCUGCAUGUGAAGAUCUGGAGAAUGAAAGAAAGAGAUCUUCAAGAAGUGGUGCUCUCAUAUGACCGUUCCAUUUACACGUUAAGUGUUGCUGGGGUUAGCAUUGACCUCAAGGCAGGAGUUGUCAUGGUGGAUGAGCACUGUGAUGAUGUGGCUGAGGCUCUAGCCCUGGCCUUCAGCAUAUCCCUGCUGCAUGUACUGUGCCAGCCCCGCCCUAAGGACUGGAAGCCUGGAAAGACUUUAGAGUCCUGUACUGAAACUCGUGGAACAAAAAAGGUCACUUAUGUUCCUUCUGAGGACCUGGCCUUUAUCAUGGCUGCAGGUUUCCUGAUGGCCACUCCAAGCAAUCAUUUUGUGGCACAAACCUACGGGGUGCACGCAUGUGCUGGCUGCGGUGGAGGGGAUGUUGUGGCUAGUGAUUUUAGUGGUGUUGACUGCGGUAGUGUCGGGGGUGGUGACAUUGGGGCUGGGGGUGAUGGUGCUGGCGAUGGUGGUGCUGGGUGUGGGGGUUGCGGUGGAUGUGGUGGCUGUGGUGGAGGCGGUGCUGGAUGUGGAGGAGGGGGUGCUGGAUGCGGAGGUGGGGGUGCUGGAUGCGGAGGUGGAGGUUGUGGAGGAGGAUGUGGUGGUGGAUGUGGGGGCGGGUGUGGAGGCUAAAACCCACAGUUCUCCUGCUUGCUAAAUAAAGAAUAGAGCCACUACUGUUUUUUUUUUUAAAAAGUGAUACCGAUUAAAAAGCUUUCAUAAAAGAAUUAACAUGUUUACAGUGCACAACAUAUAUUUUAAAAGAUCUGAAUUUUAUUUUCUCUUAAUAAAUAUACAAUUUUUUAUUUUUGAGGUGUUAGUUUACGUUGUACUGAAAAUAUAUUUUGUAAAAGUUUUGUUGUAUGCGAUGUUUUUUUUUAAUUAUCACUCAGAAAAAUAUGUUUUUGUGAUUUUUCAAUAAUAUGAGUUAAAAGCUUCACAAUUGUUUAAAAUUCGUGACUUUGUGAUAACCUUUCUUUAUGAACCACUUGCUUAAAUACAAACUUAUAAAAAUCUAAAAUAUAUUAAACAUAUCAAUUUUGAAAAAAAAAAUAUUUUAAGAUUGCAGAAUCCAGGAACAUUUAUAGAGCUUGGGUUCUGUACCAGUUCCAACUUUGUUUAUAUUUAUAUAUUUAUAAAACAGAUAUUUAACAGAAUAAUAGAGGAUACAACUGCCAAAACUAUUUUUAUACUACACCAUCCAUACUUUGUGAUUGCUAAAAAUGUUCCAACUUUGUAACAUUUGAAAUACUCUUUUAGUGCAACAAUUUUUAUUUACAUGGUAACUGUAAGUCACACAGUCAAAACACAGGGAGUGUGAAACUGUGCUUUACUCAAAUACUGAUGUAUUAGUGUAAAGCAUGAACCAAUUCCUUUACCAGUUUAGGUAAUCUUGUUGUUGUGUUAUUUAAACAAUAAGUGAAAGUACUAUGCUAUUUAUAAAGUUUCAAUUGUGAUGAUUGUUGUUAAAUAUAGUUAUAUCAUACUUAUAAUGAUGUAUCUCCCAUAUUCAGAGGGUAUAGUUUAUACUGUGCUGGUCAAUUUAUAUAUUUCGCUUGCUUGUUUAAUUUAAAAUCCUAUGCAAAGGUUGUUUAGAAGAAGAAAAAUAUUAUUUAUUUAAUUAUAUAUUAUUAUCAGCAUAGAAAAAUAGCCCGGUAAUUUGUAUUAGUUUUAUUUUUACUGUGGAUUUAAAUUUGUUACCUGUUUGAAGGUUGAUGCUUGUCAUUAACCUACCCCAUUGGGUCAUUGCAAUAUUUUUAUAAUUAAAAUUUUUUCCCUGCUCUGUAUUUGUGCAUGUAAAUGUUUCUUUCCUUCUCUGCUAAUUAAGCUAAUAUCCACCACGCCUUGAAAACAACGCACAAUUUAAUUUGAGUAAUCCACUCUCUGCUCAUUUUUUUUUUUGGACAAAAAGCUCCCUGCUGAAGUAAUGGUGGGAAAAAGCUCUGUGCAAUUGUACUUAAAAUAACAAGUUUACUUAUUCAAAAUAAAAUGUAACUUGUGUUGUUUUUUUUAAUAUAUAUAUUUUGUCAGCCAGUAAAACAUUGUGAUAUUUUAAUUUUUUGCUCAUAUUUCAAUUUUUGUUGUGCAUUUACCUUAAUAUGGUUUUUUUUAAAAAUAUUCUUUUGUUUUAUACCUUUAUUACAGAUAUUAUAAACACAUAAAAUUAAUUGUUCAAUUAAGUAACAUUUACAUACAUUUGCAACAGUAACAAAUGCUGGAGAUUUUUUACUCUGUUUAUAAAAUUUCAUUUUUUUCAAUACCUAAAUAUAUAUUAAUAGUAAUCUCACUGACUAAAUUGUUUAUCAACUUAAGAGUUGAAAUCUGCCACAAAUAAUGUUCAGAAUUUUUUCCAAAAUUGGAAAAGUAAGCAUUAUAUAUUUAUUUUGUUUAGUAUAGAAUAUAAUUAUAGUCUUCAUAUCUUGUAUUUUUAAAGGUCACACAUCUUUUUUCCAUCUAUAUUGUGGGGAAUUAUUAUUUUUAUUUCUAAUUGGCUAAUUUCUUUCCUAUUCCUAUAUCGUAUUUAUACUACUAAAACACACUGUUGUUUGAAUGUUUGUGAUUAUUUAUUCAUUCUUCUCUUCAUAUAAUUGUCUGAAUUUCUAGAUAAUCAUAACUGCAAUACAGCUAGCAUAAAAACAUAUUUAUGGAAAACAUUUAAACAGCCAAAUGAAUGUAUCAAAUUUAUUAUGCUUUUGGAGGUACAUUUAAAAAAAAAUUAUAUUCACAACAGACAAACAGACAGAAAUCCAACCAAUAACUGUCUUCUGGUAUACUUAAAAAAUCCAAUUUAUUUCUUAAGUUGGCUUUAUAUGGUGAUGAAAUCAUUAUUUUCUAUGCUUAAAGAUUUUGACAAAUUUCAUUAAUUUUGUACCUAAAAAAGAAAAUAUUAUUUUAGGCCACAGAGAAGAUCUUAAGAAGCUAAAGAGAAAAUUUUGAAAGAAAGUGGGAAGAAAUGGUUGUGCAAUAAUAGUAUUUUUUACCUGUCUCAAAGUUGACAAGUUUUCUAAUAAGUAUAUUUUGAAAAAAAUAUUUUUAUGGCCUUCAUAAAUGUCUUGUUGAGAAUUAUUUCAUCUGAGCAAAUUUAUCAAGCUUGUUGUAUCCAUAAUUAAUAUUUAAUAAUUUUAGUCAUUUGCUGAUUAUUAUUUAAUAAAGUCUUUUAAAUUAUGUAUUAAUUUUUUCAUUAAGUAUAUCAAGUAAGAAACAACACAAGUUUUUAUAAAAGAUCUGGGACAAUUUUUAUUUAAUUAUUUUACUUAAAACUUGAACUUUGUUUAAAAUACUAAUACGUUUCAAAUAACAUUUGUUUAUUUUAAAUAGUUAAUUCACAAACAUUACUGUGAUUUAUCUAAAAAAAAAUUGUGGUUGUAUUUUUUGUAUUUUUAUUAGAUGUAGACCACUUUUUGUUGUCUCUUCAGUGAUAUCUUUGUAUCAGUAAUAAAAAUAUAUACUCUUA